AUGGCCGCGCCCGCGGCGGGCGGGCCGGCGCGCGGCGGCGCCUGCGUCCGCCUCUCGGCCCUCUGCGGGGCGGGCGGCCAGGCCCGGGCACCCCUCGAGGCCGCGCCGGGGCCGGAGCUGCUCGGGCACCGGGCGCCCCUCGCGGGCGCGCCGCGGGCUGCCGAAGGCGAGGGCCCUGCCCCAGCUGCGGAGGAGGCCCUGGCGGAGGCACCAGCCGUUCAGGAGGGAGCGCCGGGCCCGAAGGGUUCGGAGACGCCAGGGCCAGCGGGAACGCCGAGGGAUCAGACGCCUGCCUCGACGAAGGCGCGCUCAGCCAAGGCCCCGCGCUUGGAUGCGCUGGACGCGCCCAGAUGGCUCUGCUCUUGCAUGAUCGUGUGCUAUCACUUCUACAAGGAGGAGCUCGGGGUGUUUGCCGAGUGGGGGAGUGCUUGGACACAGUUCUUCUUUGUUCUGAGCGGUUUCGUCUUGGCCUACGUGGAGAUGGCUCGACCAGUCUCGAAGGCGCCGAACAUCAGCCAACUCGAGUACCUUAGGAAACGCUUGAUCACCGUUUACCCGACUUAUCUGCUUGCCCUGCUUCUGAGGAUGCUCACCAAUAGAAUAUACCACCCGGCUUUCGAUUGGGCAGUCUUGCCCAUGCACGUAUUGCUAAUACAGUCAUGGGUCCCCAUCUGCAUCGAGAAGGAGGCGCAUCCUCGGGAGAUCUGCGUCGACUUCCCCAUUGCUUGUGGACCCGCGGAUAGCCACGUUCUCUGCGCGACGCAGCGGUGGAACGGUGUGGCUUGGUUCAUGAGCUGUCUGGUCGUUUACUGGUUGCUUCUCCGGCCGUUGGCGCGGCACUUUCGCACUUAUUCGAUCGGUGCGUGCCCGACUUAA